UAGUUCUUUCCUUACUGAUCUCGGGUCAGCUGCUUCUUUUUUCCCUCCUUUAUUGCGGGCGGGGCAUGAUCUAAGAAGUAUUGAGCGGCGCAGCGGGACCGUGCAGGGCGAGACCAUCUGACACAGAACGGGGGAGGGGCAGGUCAAGAGUCACAGAGUGGUAGUCUCCGGUCCAUUCCUGUGGCCUGGCCUCUUUCAUCUCUCCUACCUCCGCCCCUGCCGCGGCCGCCGCCAGUGACGUUGAAGUUACGCAGCAGCAAGAGUUGUGUUCGGCCUGUCUUGUGUCAACCAGAGAGAUAGAUAAAGACAGUACGCAGGCGGGGAGCAGGAUGGUCCUGCAGCUGCGCAGUGCGGAGCGCAGGCAGUGACAGGCACAGCGGAGAAGGCGGCUUCGGGCCGGGCCCAUGGCAGAGCCCACGGAGGUCCCAGGCGGCGGUGGCGGCCCUGAGGAAAGAGAUGCCGCCUCCACCUCUGAGUCACUAAGUGCAGGAGAGUACUCGCGGCGCGUGCAUCAAUGGCUUUGGGACUCGUACUGCGGCUACCUGAGUUGGCAGAGCGGCCUGGCCUCGCUCAUGGCCGGAGCCGCGACGGCGGCUGCCUCUGCGGCCACCCCGCCCCCUGGCGCUUAUUACUACAGCCCCUUCUACUACCUCCUCGCGACUCCUUCAGCUCCUGCGGGCACCCCCGCUCGCGCGGUCCCGACUUGGCAACCGCCGACAGGCAGGCAUGCGCCCCUGACCCAACGGGCUGCCGCCGCCCCUACCACCGCCACCCCUGGCAGCUCCCUGCGGGAACCCGGCCGGCCGGCAGGUCGUGAAUAUAUUAUCCCAUCCUUGGCUCACAGGUUUAUAGCAGAGAUGGUGGAUUUCUUCAUUCUUUUCUUUAUCAAGGCAACCAUAGUUUUGAGUGUUAUGCACCUCAGUGGAAUAAAGGAUAUUUCCAAGUUUGCCAUGCAUUACAUCAUAGAGGAAAUAGAUGAAGACACUUCCAUGGAAGAUUUACAGAAAAUGAUGAUAGUGGCUCUUGUCUACAGAUUGCUAGUCUGUUUCUAUGAGAUUAUUUGUAUUUGGGGAGCUGGUGGAGCAACCCCUGGGAAAUUUCUGCUUGGCCUUCGAGUUGUGACAUGUGAUACAUCUGUACUUAUUGCACCAAGUCGUGUGUUAGUGAUUCCAUCCUCUAAUGUGAGCAUGACAACAUCUACAAUACGAGCUUUGAUCAAGAAUUUUUCUAUUGCCUCCUUUUUUCCUGCAUUCAUUACCUUGCUGUUCUUUCAGCAUAACCGAACAGCCUAUGAUAUUGUAGCAGGGACAAUUGUAGUAAAACGAAAUAGUGUCAGAUGAUACCCAAGGAAGCCAAGAUGCUGCUAUUCAAAUGUGCUGAUGACAUCUGCUGGAUUUCUGAAUCUGUCACUCCACAACAGUGCCAAUGAUGAUGCUGAACCCUUUUACUUCCAGCAGUGCCAUAAACAUUGGGGGGAAAUGGCACUGAUAUAAUUUGAGAGUAUUUGAACUGAGCAAGAUAAUUAGUUAUGUUCAAAAGAUCUUGGCAGCUUCCAGUAAGAGUGUCUUCUGGUGUGUGAGAAAUGCUAGUUCUGCAGUGUGGAUCCUAUAUCAAAAAACAGACUUAUUUUUCAUGAACACUAAAACUGUUGUUACAGGAGGUAACUAAAGGGAUUACAGUGUUUGAGGGAAAUUGCUAAAACUUAUAUAAUCUUAUCGUGGUGGACUGAGUUUGCCACUUUAUAAAAGCCUUAUUAUGAAUUGCUUACACAAGCACUGUAUUGUACUAUUCAAGUUUUCUUUAAAUAUUUUGUGUUUAAAUGUCUUGCAUGAUGAAGGUAUCUUGAACAUAAUUCCAAUAACUGAACAUGUCAGAUAUCAUCAUGGAAGGCAAGUAAUUCUGGUCUUGGUAAGCUGGUAAAUACUGGCGUUCUGGCAGUAUUACUAUAGGGAAUUCGGACAAAUUGCAAGGUAAUAAUUAUUAAGGAUAAGGAAAGGUUUGAUUUCUCUUCCUCUUCUCUCUCCCCCCCCCCCAUGAAAGCACAGAAAACUUAAAACUGGUGCAAAAAAUAAUUAUUUGUUUAAUAAGAACCACAAUAAGCUUGCGAUAUGAGUAGAAGAAAGUUUAUACAUAGCCUUUUGACCAUUUUAUAGCAAAACAGAUUUUUUUAAAACAUCCAGUAAUACUGUCGCUAAAGCAAUAGAGGAAAUUUGUGCAACAUGUUUGAAAAGCAAAUAUGAAUAGGUAUACUCUCACUUUAUCUGGUUGUGUGCCUAGACAACUUAAAUUAUACUUCUUGAACAAAACAUAUUUUGCAUGAUUUAUUUUUACAUAUAGAGUAUUAGCUGAAUAAUGCAUUGGUAUAAAGUUUUUAAGCCUUGGCACAUUUUAAAAAGUAUUACCUGCUCCCUUUGCCUUCUUUUCCUUUAAGAUCAAAUACUACUCUGUAACUAGAACAAGAUGUUUCUAUUUGUUUCUGGUCAUUUGAUAAGAAACUAACUUAUGGGAUGCUGUUGUUUUUUAAAAAUCAUACAUGUCUUUUAAAAAUGUAAUUACCGUAUAUACUGCUGUUUUCAAGUUCUUAAAAGUAUCGCAACUUAAGAAAGUUCACAGCUGCACUGGAAUAGGUGCACAAUGGUGUUUGAGAUUCAAUAUUCUUGUCCAUGUAUGCAAGCAGUAAUCUUAAACCUCAAAAGACAGAGCAAAUGUCUAGUGGUGACUUUCCAAUGUUGUUGCAAAAUUCAUCUAAUUAGACAAACGACUAAGGCUAGAAAAACAGUUAAGGUGAAAUUGACUAGGGAUUAGCAAACUAAAUACUCCUUGCAGAAAUUUUGACAAGUGUUGUGUUGGAAUAAAGGUGAAUGUGUGAGAGGCUCUUGGAGGGGAUCUUACAGGAGUAAGUACUUAACUUUUGUCCUAAAACUCAUUUCUCAAACGGUAAAAACUUUGUGCCCUGA